AUGAACGGCACCGAGGGCCCCAACUUCUACGUGCCCUUUUCCAACGUCACGGGCGUGGUGCGCAGCCCCUUCGAGCAGCCGCAGUACUACCUGGCUGAGCCCUGGCAGUUCUCCAUGCUGGCGGCGUACAUGUUCCUGCUCAUCGUGCUGGGCUUCCCCAUCAACUUCCUCACGCUCUACGUUACCGUGCAGCACAAGAAGCUUCGCACCCCGCUCAAUUACAUCCUGCUCAACCUGGCCGUGGCGGACCUCUUCAUGGUCUUAGGAGGAUUCACCACCACGCUCUACACCUCCCUGCACGGCUACUUCAUCUUUGGGCCCACAGGCUGCAACGUGGAGGGCUUCUUCGCCACACUGGGCGGUGAAAUUGCCUUGUGGUCCCUGGUGGUUCUGGCCAUUGAGCGUUAUGUAGUGGUCUGCAAGCCCAUGAGCAACUUCCGCUUCGGGGAGAACCAUGCCAUUAUGGGUGUGGCCUUCACCUGGGUCAUGGCGAUGGCCUGUGCUGCUCCUCCCCUCGCCGGCUGGUCCAGGUACAUCCCCGAGGGCAUGCAGUGCUCAUGUGGGAUCGACUACUAUACUCUGAAGCCCGAGGUCAACAACGAGUCGUUCGUCAUCUACAUGUUCGUGGUCCACUUCACCAUCCCUUUGACCAUCAUCUUCUUCUGCUACGGGCAGCUGGUGUUCACGGUCAAGGAGGCCGCAGCCCAGCAGCAGGAGUCGGCCACCACUCAGAAGGCAGAGAAGGAAGUCACACGCAUGGUCAUCAUCAUGGUCAUCUUCUUCCUCAUCUGCUGGGUCCCCUACGCUAGUGUGGCCGUGUACAUCUUCACCCACCAAGGCUCCGACUUUGGGCCCAUCUUGAUGACCCUGCCGGCUUUCUUUGCCAAGAGCUCCGCCAUCUACAAUCCAGUCAUCUACAUCAUGAUGAACAAGCAGUUCCGGAACUGCAUGCUCACCACGCUCUGCUGUGGCAAGAACCUACUGGGCGAUGACGAGGCCUCUGCCACUGUCUCCAAGACGGAGACCAGCCAGGUGGCUCCGGCCUAA